UUGACCUUGGACUUCAAGGUCACCCGAUGACCUUGACCUUGGACUUCAAGGUCACUUAAUAGCCUUGACCUUCAGUUGUAAGAACGUUUCGUCAUAACACUUGAGUCGUCAUACAACUGUGACAACACCUGGCUAUACGUAGUUUACUUAUGAUGUAAUAUUUAUGACGUAAAUAUGAGAUCAUUGUAAUAGUUUGUGGUAUUACUGAUAUUGUAUGUUGGCACAAGACAUGCGCAGGAAGUAGUUUUCCUUCUGGAGUUUUUGAUUCAUUAAUAUUAAUAAAGCGGAUGACCAGAGUGAUUAAGCCACGCGCAGUGCAAUUUUGUUGCAACAGUAUAAUAAUAAGUAUUUAUUCACUAUGGUAAUGGAUUCAACGAAGUGCGUGUAAAGUAAACAAGUGUAGUUAUGCAACGUGUGAUACAGCCUUGAGGUUUCUUUAUAAGCUGAGGAGGAAGUUUUACCCAACAGUGUUCUGUUCAUGCUUUCCAAGACACUUCUAAUAUACAGGUAUGUAUUUCAUACAAUUACGUUCCAUUAUUUUCUACGUUUUUUGAAAAAUAUGUUGUUUUUCCAAAACUAACUAUUGGUAAAUUAUUUACAAAUUGUGUUAAACUAGUAUUAAUUUGGUUUUAUUAAAUAGAUGAAAACAGUGCAUUUUAAAUUUUGUAAUUUAAAAAAUAUUAAAUUUCUUUUGUAUUGAUUAUUAACGAUUUUAAUUUUGUGUUUUAGAAAUGGAUUCUGAAACAGUCGUUGACUUGACACAAUCCGAAGAGCAUUCUUCAAUACUACGUAAGCUUCUAAGUACUCCUCCACCUCCACCACUUAAACAGCAACAGCAACAGCAACAGCAACAGAAACAGCAACAGAAACAGCAACAGCAACAGCAACAGCAGCUGACACAACAACCGUCUACUUCUUCAUCUUUCGAUCAUAAAUAAUGGAAUCUUUUCUACCAUUUAAAAAAAGAAAACAUACUUUUGUUUCUGAACCAAUGAACAUUGAUAAUAAUGAAGAAGAAGAGCUCAUGGAAUUAGAACAGGAAAAUAAUUAUUCUCUAUCACCAUCUACAUCAUCAUCAUUAUCUUCUGAUGAAAAUAAAUUAUUAGAAGUUCCCAAUUUAAAACGAAAAAAACACAGAUUAAAAUUAGUAUGUCCAAAUUAUAAAUUUAUAGAAAUUGAAAAUGCGUUUAAAGGUAUUUUAAAAACGUACUA